GUGUGUGGUUCAUGCGCGUCAGACCAGUUCUACAGUCAACUGCAAUAGGGAAAUUAUAAUCAGUUAUGAUUGCAUAGCCCAUCGGAAAACACUGAGGUCUCAUACAGACGUGAAAGCAAAGUUAUUUCAUGCUUGUCAGUUAUAUUAGGAUUACAAGCGUUUACACGUUUUUUACGGACUGAAAGAUAAACCGUGGAUUUCACAUUGCACCCAAUAUUUUCAGUAAAGCCUUUUUAAGUGUUAAGCCGAUCAAAAAAAAAAAGUAAAUCUAGUAACUGGAAUAUUUUACCCUAUUUGUGCUAUCAGUUGCUCUCAGUUCCAAACAAAUCAAUGUAUUCGAUGCUAUCUGCAAGCUUUGUACAUGACUCGUUUAUAAUUGUCCUUCAGUGUCUCAAAAAAGCUGAUAACACUACAGCACCCUUACCCCCUCCCCUCUCACAGCGCAUCGUUGAAGCAGCCGAAGAAGCACAUCAUGAACAUGAGGAGAAUCCAGACCUACAGUAUGACUACUUCAACGCCGUGCUCAUCAACGAGGUGGACGAGCUGGGGAACAGUUUGGACAUGGGCGGGGAGUUCCUCCUGGAGCCCAACGACCACUUCAACAACCUGGCCGUCAACCUCAGCCUCAGCGUGGUGCAAGUGCCCACAAACAUGUACAACAAAGAUCCAGCUAUUGUGAAUGGUGUGUACUGGUCCGAAGCUCUGAAUAAAGUGUUUGUGGACAAUUUUGAAAGAGACCCCUCACUUAUAUGGCAGUACUUUGGAAGCGCCAAGGGUUUCUUCAGACAAUACCCUGGUGUUAAAUGGUACCCAGAUGAACACCGUGUCAUUGCAUUUGACUGCAGGAACAGGAAAUGGUAUAUCCAGGCGGCUACUUCUCCAAAGGACGUGGUGAUCCUGGUGGACGUGAGCGGCAGCAUGAAGGGGCUGAGGCUGACCAUCGCCCGCCAGACCGUCUCCUCCAUCCUGGACACGCUGGGGGACGACGACUUCUUCAACAUCAUCGCCUAUAAUCAGGAGAUUCGCUUCGUGGAGCCAUGCCUGAAUGGAACCUUGGUCCAGGCUGACAGGGCCAAUAAGCACCAUUUCAGAGAGCAUCUGGACAAGCUUUUUGCCAAAGGAAUUGGUCUUCUAGGUAAUGCACUGACUGAGGCCUUCACCAUACUGAAUGAGUUCAACCAGACGGGGCGGGGGAGCUUAUGCAGCCAGGCCAUCAUGCUCGUGACUGAUGGAGCCACACAGAUGUAUGAUGAAGUCUUUGAGAAGUUCAACUGGCCCGAUAGGAAGGUACGCAUCUUCACUUACUUGAUUGGACGUGAGUCGGCUUUUGCAGAUAACAUGAAAUGGAUGGCCUGCGCUAACAAAGGGUACUUCAGCCAAAUCUCCACAUUGGCCGAUGUGCAGGAGAAUGUGAUGCGGUACUUGCAUGUGAUGAGUCGACCUAAAGUCAUCGACCACGAGCAUAACACUGUCUGGACCGAGGCCUAUGUGGACAACGCACUUACACAAGCACACAAGCUCAAGGAUAGCAGAGGGCUCAGUCCCAUAACCACUGUGGCCAUGCCUGUGUUCAGCACCAAGAAUGAGACGAGAAACCAAGGCAUUCUUCUGGGUGUGGCAGGGACUGAUAUCCCUCUUCAAGAGCUUAUGAAAGCUGUACCAAAACAUAAACUUGGUAUCCAUGGAUAUGCCUUUGCCGUCACCAAUAAUGGAUACAUUCUCAUCCACCCAGACCUGAGGCCUUUGUACCAGGAGGGCCAGAAGAGGAGGAAGCCCCAUUACAGCAGUGUUGACCUAUCGGAGGUGGAGUGGGAGGACACACAUGAUGUUUUGCGUAAUGCCAUGGUGAACAGAAAGACCGGAACAUUCUCUAUGGAAGUGAUGAAGACUGUUGAUAAAGGGAAACGUGUCCUGAAAAUGCACAACGACUAUUAUUACACAGACAUCAAAGGGACCCCAUUCAGUGUAGGGGUGGCCCUCUCCAGAGGUCACGGUAAAUACUUCUUCAAAGGAAAUGUUUCCAUAGACGCAGGCCUCCGUGACCUCGACCAACAAGACGUGGCCCUGGCAGAUGAGUGGACCUACUGCAAUACAGAUGAGCACCAUGAACAUCGCUACCUGACGCAGAUCCAGGCCAUUAAACUCUACCUGACUGGACGCAAGCCCCACCUCAAGUGUGACAGGGAGCUGAUCCAGCAGGUGUUGUUUGACGCGGUGGUGACUGCUCCCAUGGAGGCCUAUUGGACGGGCCUGGCUCUGAAUAAGUCUGAAAAUUCUGAUAAAGGUGUGGAGAUUGCAUUCCUGGGCACACGCACUGGCCUCUCCAGAACCAACCUGUUUGUGAACCCAGAACAGCUGACCAAUCAAGACAUCCUGACAGCCGAGGACACGGAGGGCGUGUUUAACGCAGACCACUUCCCCCUGUGGUACAAGAGGGCGGCGGAGCAGGUGCCUGGAACCUUCAUCUACUCCAUCCCCUUCAGCUCAGUCAUGGAAAAUAAAAGUGUUGUUCUGGCAAGCACCGCUAUCCAACUGCUGGAUGACCGAAAGUCACCAAUAGUAGCCGCUGUAGGGAUACAGAUGAAGCUGGAUUUCUUUCAGAGAAAGUUCUGGACAGCCAGUCGACAGGCAUGUAACUGCAACCUUUUUCUGUCUCCAACCAAACCCAAUUUAAGCAAUAUAUACACAACAUAUAGUCAUAUCACCUAUAGCUGUUAUAACUGUAUCCAAACUGAACUUUUGGCUUUAAGUGUGCUUAAUUUUUACUGAAGCUGUUCUUGCUUUACCAUAUAAAACAGAAUGAUCCACCAGAA